AAUCACAAUUCAGCUUCCUCCAUUUCCUGUUGUGGACUCCCGAGUUGGACGGAUCAUUCCUCUAGUCCAUACUCUGAAUUUAAUACCACUGUGGGAAUGUGCACGAGCGUCUAGACCUUUCCGCUGCAGAGGUGUUACUCGUGACAGAACCUCACGCGUGAGUAAACGUGUUUGGAGACCUGCGACAGGUAGCCGCCGCCGCCGCCUGCGCCCUGCAGAUACAUAUCCCAGCAUGGGCCUCGGGGACGUCUCCGCUGUCGCACCUGAUAUCAUGACGCGUCUGUUGCGCCUGCCUUGACAACCGCGGAUCAGAUUCAGUGUCCAGAUCAGAUCAGUGCUCAGGGGCCGCCAUGCCCAUCACGCCGCUGUGGGCCGUGGACGUGUACGGCAGGGUGUACAGCCUGUCCACGGCCGGCCAGCGCUGGGAGCGCGCCGACGACCUGCUGCUGGAGCUGAAGCGCGUCACUGCCGGGAGGGGGCGCUGCUGGGGCGUCGGCUGCGACCACCACGUGUACCUCAACAUCAUACCCAGCGAGACCCCCAUUCGGUACCGGGAGGAGACCUACGAGAACCAGAGGUGGAACCCCGUGGACGGCUUCACGGACGCGCUGCUGCCCACCGACCGCUGGCCGUGGAGCGACGUGACCGGGAUGAACCCCCAGCCCCUCCACAGCUUCCAGCUGCCCGCCCGCAGCUGGGAGUGGGAAGGGGACUGGUACGUGGACCAGAGCUGUGGCGGAGAGCCCAGUCAGACGGGGGGCUGGGAAUAUGCCGUCGACUUCCCGGCCAACUUCUCCCCGGACAAGAAGUGGAAUUCCUGCGUGCGGCGCAGACGCUGGAUCCGCUACAGGAGAUACAUCGCACAAGGCACCUGGGCAAAGAUUCCUUUGGACAAUCCUAGGAAGCCGCCGCUGCCCCUCUGUGACAUCAGCUGUGGCGGGUGGGAGAUGAGCGACCAGUCCGGCCGGUACCCCUACCUCUGGGGCGUGACCCAGCAAGGACAGGUGUGGUUCAGAGAGGGCAUCCACCCCCGGGUCCCAGAGGGCACCAGCUGGGAGGAGGUGGACGUCCCCAAGGAGGUGGCUCAAUUAUCUGCCGGUCCCGGGGACCUCCUGUGGGCUUUGCUGUGGGACGGCCACCUGCUGGUCCGCACUGGGCUCAGCCUGGACAGCCCGACUGGCACGUCGUGGGUGGAGGUGGAGGCGCCGGCGAAGGAGGUGGAGGCGCUUCACGUGGCGGUGGGGGUCAGCGUGGUGUGGCUGCUCACCAAAGACUUCAAGGUGUGGUUCAGACGCGGCGUGAACUCCCACAAUCCCUGUGGCUCCGGCUGGAUCAGCAUCGGAGGCGAGAUGAUGAUGGUGGACGUGGGGCUGAAUGAUCAGGUGUGGGCGGUGGGUGAGGACCGCGGCCUGUAUUUCAGAAUGGGCGUAACCGCCUCGGAGCCGAGUGGGAGCGGCUGGAUUCCCGUUUCAGCUCAGUGGGGCAAUAAUAAAGUGGUCUCUCCGCCCAGGGACGAGCGUGAGCGCAGCGGGCCGCUGACCGAGGCCUCGCAAGGCUCCGUUUUGAGCCGCACUGACUCGGAGUCAGACCCACAGCACAGCGCUCAUGACACCCCCGUCCUCGAGGCAGCGGCCUCCUCCGUGGUCCCAUUAGAGGGGUCCAGAACGCCCACGCCCCCUGCAGAGGAUGCUCCCCUGGCCUCCCAGCAGGAGGCCCCCAAGGCCUUCAUCCCCGCCAGCGACAGCUUCAUCAACAGCCUGGUGUCCGACCGCGACAAGCCGCCCGCGGACGCGCCGCCGGAGGAGGGAGGGGCGGCGCCCCCGGCCCUGACGGCGGCGCCGGCGGCACGCGACGCGCCCUGGAUGAACGUGGACCUGGAGGGAGCGGAAGCGGCGCGAGGGGCGCAGCCCGCGGGGCCCUCGGCGGGCGCCGGGGCCGCCGCCACCUACGCGCUGGGGUCCCUGGAGCCGCCGCACGGCGCCGGAGAGGAGGACGGGCCGGCGUGGGCCUGGGUCUCGGGCGGCGGCUGCGACGUGGAUGCAGAUUCUCCCAUCGGCUGGUUGAGCCCCACAGGUCCACUCACUAGCUCUCUGUCGCUGACCCCAGUGCAGUCGGCGGCCUGGAGCGAGCAGCGGCGGCAGGAGCGCGGCCGCGGGGAGGAGACGAGCAAGAAGCCCCUGGAGAGAAGCAACUCGGUGUGGGUGCGGAAAGGCUCGCUGCGCUGGUGGAGGGACUGGAAGCCUCAGCGCUGGGUGGACGUGGGCGUCGCCCUGGAGCAGUCCACCAAAGCCGACGGCAGCAAGGACUGCAUCUUCUUCGUCUACUACACGCAGUACGACGAGAAGAAGUACCUGCACGUGUUCAUUAACGACGUGACGGCGCUGGUUCCGGUGCUCAGGGACGUCAACCACGCCUUUGCCGUCUACACGGCGCAGAGCACCAGGCAGCGGUGGCCGCUGGUCCUGGCAGCGCAGACGGAGACGGACAUGAGCGACUGGUUGAGCCUGCUGUCGGACUGCUGCUGCCAGUGUCGCGGCAUCGCGGGUUCUCCAUCCACACAGGCUCUGUGGUCCACCACCUCCAAGGGCGACGUCAUGGUCCACGAGCCGUCCUUCUCCCUGGAGGCGUCUGCAAACACGCUGGCCUGUGACCUCAUGUUCUGGCGCCAGGUCCCGGGACACCUGCGCUGUGUAGAGUCUAACAGUCUGGGGCUGGUGUGGGGCGUCGGGUGGGACGGCACCGCCUGGGUCUACAGCGGGCGCUUUGGGAAGCAGCUGCUGGCAGGAGAUGAGGAGCCGAUGCACCCACAGACCGACGUCCGGUGCGUCCACGUGUACGAGAACCAAAGGUGGAAUCCUAUGACGGGAUACACGGACAAAGGACUACCUACAGACCGCCCUAUGUGGAGCGACGAGAGCGGCCUGAAGGAGUGCACCAAAGGCAGCACACAGCCGCCCUCCCCCCUGUGGUGCUGGGUGUCAGAGUGGGCUGUGGACUACAACGUCCCCGGAGGAACGGAUAAGGAAGGCUGGCAGUAUGCUGCAGACUUCCCCGUGACAUUUCAUGGCCACAAAACUAUGAAAGACUUUGUUAGGCGGCGAAGAUGGACGAGGAAGUGUAAGAUCACGCUGAGAGGUCCGUGGCAGCAGGUCCCGCCCAUCCCUCUGAGCGACGUGUCUCUGAUGCCUUGUCUGGCCCAGAGCAGGAUGGAGCACAUCCCUGUCUGGGCCCUCAGUGACAAAGGAGAGGUCCUGUGUCGGCUAGGAGUCAGCCCUGAACACCCUGCGGGCAGCUCCUGGCUCCACGUGGGCACAGACCAGCCCUUUAAGUCCAUCUCCAUCGGCGGAGCCAGUCAGGUGUGGGCCAUUGCCAAGGACGGCGCCGUGUUCUACAGGGGAUCCGUGUCCCCGCAGAACCCUGCAGGGGAAUGCUGGUACCACAUCCCCUCUCCCCCGAGGCAGACCCUGAGACAGCUGUCUGUGGGCCGCACCUCUGUCUUCGCCGUGGAUGAAAACAGUAACCUGUGGUACAGACAGGGCCUCACCCCCAGCUACCCGCAGGGCUCCGCUUGGGAGCUCAUUUCCAACAACGUGACGAAGGUUUCCGUCGGCCCGCUGGACCAGGUGUGGAUUAUAGCGGACGGGGUUCCAGGCUUCCCUGCCGAGACUCCAGGGGCCGUGUGCCACAGGCUGGGACUGGGGCCUAUGCAACCUAAGGGCCAGUACUGGGACUAUGGCAUAGGGGGAGGAUGGGAGCACAUCAGUGUGAGAGGUAACUCGUCAGAGGCUCCUCGUGCCCCUCAUCCAGCAACGGCCGGACCCCCACGCAGCCCGGCCCCCCUGCGGCCUCUGACGCAACCGAAUGGGAAUGCCGUAUCUGUGUAGCACCUGCACAUCUCCUCCUCCUCCUCCUCUCACCCUGUUUGUGCCUGGAUCUCCAUUUGCUCUCCUCAGACCAUUCCCAGGGGCUCUUAUCCCUUCAUGCAAAGGGAAUGCACAAUCACACCACUGAGUUCAUGCUGAAUAUUCUGGUCUAUCUAUUGAUGGGUGGAUGUCAGCCUGCAGUUAGAACAGAAAGAGGGGAGCGAACAAGCUUUUAAGGACGAUGAAUUUUUAUGUCUCGUUUGAGUGCAUGUGUUUGUCUUUCUAGGCUUUGGCUACUGGGGGUUUGUGGAUUCAGCAUUAUCUUUAUUUUUCUUUGCAGUGUCCUGUCAGGACUGAAGAGGGUGGGACUUUGCUAAAGGGCUAAGGAAGGUACCAAACUACUGUAACUUCUGUUCAAACGGUUUCUCAAAGUAGCCUGAAUUGUUUUGGUUUGUAGAAAUGUUUUGUUUGUUUCCGUCUGAUUUGCCUGUCUUAUGUGAGUUCUGUUACAUUUGUUGAAUUUCGUGUGUAUUGGUUUAUUAUGUUUUGUCCAUGUGGCUGUUACAAACCUCCCAAACAUCACCUUUUCAAAACAGGGCAACAUUUGGGAUGAAUAUGGUAAUAUUGAAAUGUUAUAAUUACCUGCACUGAUAAAUAUGGAGGACUCCGCCUACAUCACCAGUUAUGGCCUCUUUAUCCUCCUGCAAUAAGCAAAGUUCUUCCUGUUCAUGUUAUAUCCAUCUACAUACAGUUACUGCAAUGGCCGUGACUGUUGAAUGUGCACAGCAGGACGGGGCAUUAAAAUGUGAAAUAAAAGACUGAAAGUAUUAAAACAUCUCCUGACAUCGUUCUACAAUAGAUUGGAAUCAUUUGCCUUUUAGCAGUGUUAGAAAAAAAAAAAACUCUAUUCUAAUUCUGCUGUUUUGUAAAUCUUCACACAAUAGUUCUGCUCCAGAGGCCAGGUUGUCACUUUGACCCAGGUCUUUAAACAGCUGCACCCUACAAGCUCCCACUGUGCAGUAACUGAGGAUACCAACUCUGUUCAUUUGCAUUUAUUUUCAUAUUAAACAGUGUAAUUAUAAACAUUUCAUUCAAUUACACUAAGCAUGAUCAAUAUGAAGUAAAAAUAUUUUUAAAAUCUACAAGUUUAAAGGACAGAAUGGAUUCACAUCUGCUUUAGUGUCUUAAUUUAAGUGUUUUUUUAGCUGAUAUGUUCAUCUGAUCAACUCAGCUUUAAAUUACAAAACGUUGCCUCGUUCCUAUAACGCCAUUAUAUCACUUCCCCAUUUACAGACGAAAACAAAAAGGAACAUGAAUAUACAUCAGUACAGUUUAAACAUGAAGUUAAUUUUCUCAGAUGUGCAAGAUUAAGCAAAUGUAUACUGUAGUCAAAUAAAAAGAUUUCCUUAAAUAAACGUUCAAGUUUAACUGAA